AUGAGCUCACUAAGCAAGACGGAGAACGGUCUGGUGAAAGGAGAGGAAGAAGCUUUCAGAAUGAAAACGGAUGAAGAGGAGGCUAUCACAUUGAAAGAAGAAGAGGAUGAUAUUACAGUGAAAGAGGAAGAUGGGAAAGAUGUUGUCAGCGUGGAACAUGAUGAGGUAGAAGCUUUCAGAAUCAAAAAGGAGGAAGAUGCCGAAAUUCUUAAAUCAAAUCUUAUUAGUUCUAAGACCACCUUACUGCUGGGUAUGAAGAGGUUGUCUGUGCUGCUGGUGGACUGCAGGAAAACAACAGGGCUGAGUGGUACUGUGAGAGGAGGAGAAGAGAAGAAAGGAUCAGAUUUAACUCAAAGAGAGAGACCAGACUCGGAGGAACCAGAGCCAGAUAUGUCCAAACCAGCAAGACGACACCAGUGCUCCCAGUGUGGAAAGGGUUUUAACCAGAAAGGACACCUGAACCAACAUGAGAAAAUACACACGGGGGAGAAGCCUUACCACUGCUCUCAGUGUGGAACGGGUUGUAACGGGUUAAGGGACCUGAAACAACAUGAGAGAAUACACACAGGGGAGAAGCCUUACCUCUGCUCCCAGUGUGGAAAGAGUUUUACCCUGUUAUGUAACCUGAAAACACACGAGAGAAUACACACAGGGGAGAAGCCUUACCACUGCUCUCAGUGUGGAAAGAGUUUUAACCAGAAAGGACACCUGAAGCAACAUGGGAGAAUACACACAUGGGAGAAGCCUUACCACUGUUCCCAGUUUGGAACAGGUUGUAACCAGUUAAGGGACCUGAAACGACCUGAGAGAUUACACAAAGGUGAGAAGCCUUACCAUUGCUCCCGGUGUGGAAAGAGUUUUACAACAAUAGGGACACUGAAAAUUCACGAGAGAAUACAUACAGGAGAAAAGCCGUACCAUUGCUCCCAGUGUGGAAAGAGUUUUACAACAUUAUGGAGCCUGAAAAUACACGAGAGAAUGCAUACAGGAGAAAAGCCGUACCACUGCUCCAAGUGUGGAAAGCGUUUUACCCACUUAAGUAAUCAGAAAAAACAUGAGAGAAUACACACAGGGGAGAAGCCUUACCGCUGCUCCCAGUGUGGAAAGAGAUUUAGCGAGUUAGGAAGCCUGAUGGCUCAUGAGCGAAUACACACAGGGGAGAAGCCUUACAAAUGCUCAGACUGUGGGAAGACAUAUUACUCAUCACAGUCACUUAAAAGACAUGUGAGAGUCCACACGGGAGAAAACAUGAAUUGAAUAUGGAGUAUGUCAGUUUGAAAAAAGAGUAGAUCAGAUUCCUUGUGCUUAAAUGGUCAGAUAAUCAAGUGAUAUUUGGAUGUGAUGCAUUUGCUCCAAUGUUGACAUUUGCAUUGUCCCACUGAUGAUUUAAUGAAAUGAAAUGUAUCACUGACUCUGUAAUGUAAAAUGUUAAUUAUAUGUGUCCACAUAUCUGAGUAUGUGACUAACCUUGUGAAACUGUUCUAUCAUAAUCUCCUGUUCCUGGGAGUAUCAUCCUGCGUUGCAAACCAGCUGCACCUGCAUCCUUGUCUCAAUGAAGACUUCUUUGUUUUACUUUCCUGGGGUCAUUGAACUUUGUUUCCACGUCAUUUCAACAAAACAAAUCCACGUGAUAGUGUUUGAUUUAUGUGAUUUAAACUUUGAAAUGCGUUUGUCAGAACCAACCUUCUGGACAUGUGUAGUAUUUAAGAAAUCGGGGACUCGCUGAUCUCUCUCUGCCUCUCUCUCUCUCUGUCCCCAUCUCUCUCUCUCUCUCUCUCUCUCUCUCUCUCUCUCUCUCUCUCUCCCUGAUUCACCAAAGGUUUUUGUUCUCUACAGUUUAACAUAAACAGUAUUUCCCUCCUGUCUAAAAACAUACUUUUGGAUUAUAAACAUGUCAAUAAAAAAAGAUUACUAAAGUAGCCAAUGUACCUUGUCAUAUACAUCAUAACCCAAGGGUGGUUAAAAUUGUUGUUAGAAUGUCAUAUACAUCAUAACCCAGGGGUGGUCAAAUUGUUGUUAGAAUGUCAUAUACAUCAUAACCCAGGGGUGGUCAAAUUGUUGUUAGAAUGUCAUAUACAUCAUAACAAAUGUCUAUUAAAUAACUAUUAUAUACAUUAACAAUAUUGUUUUGUCAAAGAUUUUUUACGAAUGAUCUCUGAAAGAGAUAAAGGGUCCUGAAAAAGGGGAAGUUUC